AUGUUCCACCCAUCUCUCCAUUGUUGCCCCUUGUCUGCGAUGACUUUCCCGGUGGUGGAUUUGAGGGGAGCUGUCUUAUUCUGCACUGGUCCCAUUGCUAUCUUGAUGCCAUCAUACAUCCCACUGAUGUUCCAUGUGGCCAAGGCAGUGCAGUGCAUAGUGUCCCGCAAGGUCACCCACCUCUCCGUGGCAGAGUCUCCAGUCUGUGAGGUGCGCCCACUCGUUCUGAAACCUCUUGGCAAACUGUUGCACAAGGCCUGGCUGGCUUAUCUUGCUGACAUCAAUGCGAGGAUUCCCCUGCUUCUUGCCACAGCAGAACCUCUUGAACUGGAGUUUGAUCUUGCAGAACACCAAGGAGUGGUCUGUGUCACAGUCCGCGCUGUGUGUUUCGCCUACACUCACUGUGGAUUUCAUUCACCUCCUCUUCCUUUCUAUCCUUUGCUUAUUUUUUACCCUUCAUUCUUACUUUUAAUUUCUUCUUCUCUCAUAGACUUUUCUGCUUUUCCUCUCUCUUUUUCUUUCUCAUCUCUUGGAUGUUUUCUCUUUUGCUAG